UAUCUAGCUAUAGUCAGCUGUCAUCUUUCAAGUCAGCUAUAUCAUAUAUCAUUCCGUUUUCUUGAUUCCUUAACAACAAGAUAGAGAUUUUAUUGACCAUUGUAUUGAUUUUUGAUUUCCGUUUUUAUAUCAGUAUGUUGAUUUUUGAAAUCCGUUUCAGACCAACAGACGUUGAAAGUACCAAGUAUCAGUCGGCAGGACCGCCCUACACCUUGCACAAGGCAACCGCACUUUAUCUGAACAAAACAAGAUUUAGAGCUCAUACAGACCACAGACCGCGGUUUUAAAACGCACACGGCUCCUUAAAUAUGGUUCCUGAAAUAAAAAGAAAAAAGACAGUUGCCAGUGCUUACCGGUGAUUAUAAAUGGUGUACAUUUGACGGUCGAAAGCGUACAGGCUGAAAUCACCAUUAUAAGAGUUGUUGUAAAGGCACUAUGGAGUCUGCUGCGUUAGAACGUCUUAACGAAUGGAUGCAGGCCCAUAAUUUCUCCAACAAGUCAGCGGCCACAGAAAGAAUCAUCCUCCGCCGAAUGCUGGAGUAUGAACUGUUUUCCACGCCAACCCUGGCGGCGGUGACCGCUGUGUGCAGCGUGUUGAUGUUAGUAGGCGCACCAGGUAACUUGUGCACGGUGUUGGUGAUCGGCAGAAGUACGGACAUGCGAACCACCACGAACUACUACCUGGCCAGCCUGGCGUGUGCGGACCUGCUGACGUUCUUGGUCCUGCCGCUCGAGCUGUACCGGCUGUGGUGCUACUGGGACUGGCGGCUUGGGGACGCGGUGUGCCGGGGGAUGUACUUCUUCAGGGAAACCUUCACCGCCGCCUCCAUCCUCCACAUCAGCGGCUUCACGGUGGAGCGCUACAUCGCCAUUUGUCACCCGCUCCAGGCCAAGCGGCUGCUCCGCCGGGGCAGGGUCAAGCUGCUGGUCGCCGUGGCCUGGGUCCUGUCCAUCGUGCCCGCCAGUCCGGCUCUGCUCAUCUUCGGCGUGACUCACAUCCAAACACCGCGCGGGUUUGUAAUACCAGACAUGCAGGAGUGCACGGUGGUGAAUAAGGAGCUAGGUUCUGUCAUGUCCUUGGUGUCUACAAGCUUCUUCUUCGUGCCCAUGGUUCUGCUGAGUCUGCUGUACGGCCUGAUGGCGCGGGCGCUGACGGACACGGGGCAGAGGAGCCGCUUCUACCGAGGAGCGACCGAGCGAACCGCAGGAUCCAAACGACAGGACAACGACCGCAGAAAAGUCAUCAGAAUGCUGGCGGUGAUUGUGCUGACGUUUGUGGUACUGUGGCUGCCCCACCACGUGUCUCGUGUGACGUUCAACCACGUGCGCGCCUGGACGAAGCACCUGCAUGACGUGCACAACGCCGUGACGCUUCUGUCCUUCGUGCUGUUCUACCUGAGUUCAGCCGUCAAUCCGGUCAUUUACAACAUGAUGUCACAGCGUUUCCGGUAUGCGCUCAAGCACUUCCUGUGUGGCAAGGCCGGGCCCGGUACCCAGCUCAACUCCAAGUCAUCUUUCCGAACCAGAUUGUCGGCAAUCUCCAGGGGACAGAGCGGUAGUGAUGGGGGUGGGGAGGAGGAUAAGGCAAGGGACGAACCACAAGUGAUAGCUAUGGUGGAGAUAACAGGGGACCAGUCAAACCGAUGUGAUUUGUAAUGAUGAUAAAUCUAACAAUAUUGGCAACGGCUGUUAUCAAGUUUUGAUAUUAGGAAUAAUUGUCUGUCCCUAUACAGUGAUUUCAGUAAAUGGAUUUAAUGCUUACAUUGGAAUAUAUAUGAAAGUCAUGACAAUGAUCACUCCAUAACACAUUUACUCAUAUUUCAAAUCUGCUGCAUUUGGCAUUAUUUGUUAGUGUUUUCUAGGCUUUCGAUAUCAACGUUUUAUAAGCUUCACCCAAAAUACUGAAAUAGCACCAGGAUUUCUAUGCCUUCUUCCAAAGGACAAGUUAACAAUUCCCAGCAAAAAAGUUGCAAAAGGAAAAAAAGUUGUAUAUAUUAUGUAUUACUAAGCAAUUAUCAUAUCCUAGUGUGGGCCUUACUGUGCAAGUCAUGACUGGUCCUGUCCUUAUGUAAACCAUUUCGACGUUUCUACUUCCAUGUCCUAAGCCUAAAGGAUGUAAUAGUACUUUUAUUUUCUAUCAUCUAUCAGACAAAGACAAUGUGGCACUGCACUCAAGUUAGUAACUUAUAUAAACAGCGCCACAUACACAGUAAAGACAGAGGGUAAAGCUAGUUCGACCGAAGUCAGGUACCCAUUUUUACACCUGGGUGAAGUGAGGAAGGUCGUGUAAAGUGCCUUUCCCAAGGGCACAACGUCAGGGGCACGGCGGGUAUCGAACUCGGGACCUCCAGGGCCGAACGCUCUACCAGCUACGCCACGCACGACGCCAGGUACUUCUAAUGAUGACUCCAGACAGAGAAAACAAUAGACGCACCCGUUGGAAGUUGGAUAGAUCAGAAAUCCAUCCAGUCAUGAACCGUGGAGUAGAACUUAGGGUACCGUUACGUUUGGGAACGCAUUCUUAAGAUGAUGAUAAUUGUUGUACUGUUAUCAUUGUUACUUGAUAACAUUCAUGUAUUUAUUGCACUGUUUUACGACCUCGUUGUAAACACCGCAUUAUCUAUGUGUAAAUACUUAACGUUUGGGACCGCAUCAGUAAGCAGCGACACCUACGCUGCAGCGUGCAGUACAAUGUGAACCAGGAAGGCGAUAGACAGUCACCGAAACGUCGGUGGGAUAAACGCUCUGUUGUGUACAAGGAACGUUGUUAUUUCAGUCGAGUCCAGUGUUGUUUGAUGUUUGUAUAUAGCCAUUGAGGUUUACAGUCAUAUACUUACAGGAUAAAUAUUCAUUACUGGACACAA